AUGGGGGGAGAAUUCAGCAAGAAGACAGGCGAAUCCCCGCUUCCCAUCCAAACCCCUGGCAAUUUGCCAUACCCCGCUAAAGAGCUCCGGUCCCUCUCAUUCGAUUCCUUCCGUCGAGUCAGUAGCUCCCUUCUCAAGAUGAGUCAUCAAGAAGACCCGACGAUGAUCCUAGAGCGCAUGAAAGACGUAUGGAAAAACCCACAACUAAUCAACCUCGUCAAAGACUACAUCGACAAGGGCUUACACAAGUCCGAUUUCUACAUGACAUUAGACAAAUGCCUUAAGUGGACCCACGACAGCCAGCUGAUCAUACAGUCCACGCCCCAACAUUUUGAAGCGGAGGAGAGUGGAAGCACCAGCAACAGGGAGAAAUAUUUGAGCAUGUUGGAUGAAUUAAAGAAUUUCAAGGCUGCUCGGGACCCAUUUACGGAAGAUUUCUUUCAGAAAUUGCAACUCUGCAAGACCAAUAUCAAUAAACGGCUGGAAUCCUCAAAGAGGUGGCGCAAUGUCUCGUGCAUUAUCUUUGCAUCAGUGUUCCUCGCAGUUGUGAUUUGUGCAGUCGUGACGUCUGCUGUGGCAGUCCCUCCCGCUGGGGCCGCACUGGCAGCUGCCACAGCUUUGCCUUUGGUAACAAUGAUUCAAUGGUUACAUUCACGCUGGAAGGAUUCUGAUGUUGCUCUGGAAGAGCAGAAGGAGAUGAUUAGUUCAAUGUGGGCAGGCACUUUUGUAGCAAUUGAGCACAUGAACAGCAUUCAGCCACUGGUGGACAAGUUGAAGAUUGAGAUUGAGCAGUUGCUACAGUUUGCUGACGAUUCCCCAAUAGAUAAGAAGGCGGCCAGGUUUGAAACAGAGGAAAUUAAGAAGAAGCUGGGAGUGUUUACGAAGAGUCUCGAAGAUUUUGGCAACCACAUCAACUGCUGCAUCCAAAAUAUAGGGAUAAGGAGCAAGGAGAUCGUGCAGAAGAUGAUCAAAGAUCCAAGAUGA